AUGACCGCACAAAACGGAACAGGAGGUAUUAGCAGUGAUCCAAGUUUCAAUGUAGCAUUGGGAAACAUAGAGAAAUGGAUUGAGAACCGGGAUAUGGCCAAGGGAAAUAAUUUGGUCGCCGCCGUGGUAGGAUGUGGAAAUAUGGGUAGCGCUAUACUUACUGGUAUUCUUGCUGCAAAUUCCGUGCUGGAUGCAAGAGAUAAUACACCAAUCUCACAUAUUAUUGCUUGUACUAAAACAGAAGCUUCAGCUUCUAGAGUAUAUCAAGCAUCAAAAGACUGCAUAGCUGGGGAUAGACUUGCCGUCUUUUAUGAUGAUAACCUCAAAGCUUUCCAAAUGGCUGAUGUUAUUAUUCUGGCAUGUAAGCCGUACAUGGCCGAGGAAGUUCUUGGAGCUCCUGGUGUUGCCAAUGCUUUAGCAAACAAACUUGUCAUCUCGGUUUUGGCAGGCUCGACAACGGAACAGCUCAAAGAAUUCGCUUUCGAAGAUAGCUCCAACACGAAAGGGUGUGCUUUUGUCAGGAGUAUGCCAAAUCUUGGUGCGCAGAUAAAAGAAUCACAAACCGUCAUCUCAACUGGAUCGGAAACUAUCUCACCAAAGUACGAAGAGGCGAUGAAAUGGAUCUUUCAAAGUAUUGGACAGUACACAUAUGUCCCUGACAAUGUUUUCCAAGUUGCCGGUGUCCUGGCAGGCUGUACUCCAGCGUGGUUUCUUACCGCUUUCGAUGGAAUCCUUGACGGUGCUGUUUCCGAAGGGAUGAAGCGUGAUACUGCAACGGAGAUUUUGGCUGGAUCUAUGCUCGCAGCCGCAAAGAUGAUACAGAAUGGUGAACAUCCUGCUGUUUUACGAGAGAAGAUCUCAUCGCCCAAGGGUACCACGAUACAAGGCCUCAAAACCAUUGAGAAAGGUGGUGUCAGAUCCACGUAUACUGAUGCAACCAUCGACGCGGUACAUCAUGGGUUGAACAUGGGCAAGAAAUAA